CGGGCGGUCACGGAGUGCGGCUCCCGGAUUGGGCAGCGUCGAGGGAGGUGGGUGGUGAUUGGGCGGUGCCCAGGAGUCGCUCGGGCGAGGAGCGGGCGCGCAAGCGGGAGUUCCUGCAGGAGGCCCGUACAGAUGGCAGGCGCUUUCACCAUGGCCUCGGCCCAGCUGGACUACACUAUCGAGAUCCCGGAUCAGUCCUGCCGGAGCCAGGAGAACAGCCCCAACCAAGGUGGGAAGGAUGCGGGGACUCGGCAGCCUUUGGUGAUUCUCUUGGGCUGGGGUGGCUGCACUGACAAGAACCUGGCCAAGUACAGCGCCAUCUACCACAAAAGGGGCUGCAUCGUGAUCCGAUACACAGCCCCAUGGCACAUGGUCUUCUUCUCUGAGUCCCUGGGCAUCCCUUCACUUCGUGUCUUGGCCCAGAAGCUCCUUGAGCUGCUCUUUGAUUACGAAGUGGAGAAGGAGCCCCUGCUCUUUCACGUCUUCAGCAACGCCGGCGUCAUGCUGUACCGAUACGUGCUGGAGCUCCUGCAGACCCACCGGCGCUUCUGCCACCUGCGUGUGGUGGGCACCAUCUUUGACAGCGGUCCUGGUGACAGGAAUCUGGUAGGGUCUCUGCGGGCCCUGGCGGUCAUCCUGGAGCACCGGCCUGCUGCGCUGCGCCUGCUGCUCCUGGUGGCCUUUGCCCUGGUGGCAAUCCUGUUCCACAUCCUGCUCGCUCCACUCACUGCCCUCUUCCACACCCACUUCUAUGACAGGCUGCUCGAUGCAGCCUCUUGCUGGCCUGAGCUCUACCUCUACUCAAGGGCCGACGAGGUGGUCCUAGCCAGGGAUGUGGAGCGCAUGGUGGAAGCACGCCUGGCACACCGGGUCCCAGUGCGCUCUGUGGACUUUGUGUCAUCUGCACAUGUCAGCCACCUUCGUGAUUACCCUACUUAUUACACGAGCCUCUGUGUCAACUUUAUGCACAGCUGUGUCCACUGCUGAGCUCCUUGCCCUACCCACCUCAUCUCUGUUACAGAAAUAAAUGCCUGGCAGCUCCCCACAACCUACAUCCAUGGGUGGCGUCCUCUUCUGGUUCAACUCCCCAACGCCCUCUGGGACUCUGUGGUCCUCCAAGUAGAGAAUUCCCAUGAGCCUCUGUCCUGGGGGAUUGUGGUGGUCUCUGCUCAUCCCAGGAUCCCAGCAGGCAGGAGUGCCCGGGCUCUGCAGGAACCUUGUAGUGGUUGUGUUUGGACAAGUGCAGCAAUCAGGCUUGCUGCUUUCUGUGGUGUUUAGGCUGUAAAAGAUUAGUGGGGGUGCAGAUGAGCCCCAGCGUUGAUCUUUGAUUCCUUGAAUGGAAGGUGAGCUUUACAGGGAGGUGCCAGAGGGUAGGGUCAGGCUGGAUUGUGAUCUCUGCUCCCAGGUCCCAGAAGGGCAAAGCCCCACAGCCUGGAGCACCAUCCCCAUGGAUCCCGCUUGGCAGUUCACUCAGAGAGGCUCCUCAUUGCCAGGGAGUCAGAGGUGGAAGCCAGAAGAGAGCAGAGGAUGCAGAGGUGGGAGGCCUGCCAGGGUCCACCACACAGUGCCAGGAAGCCACUGGAUCCAUGAAAGUUGCAAGAUGCAUGUAUAACGGGCAGAUGGAGUGGGAAGCAGAAAGAUGGCAGUGCCAUACGAGAGCUGGGAUAAGCUGAGUCAGAACGAGCACCAUUUGCCUGAAACAAACUUCAUUUCCUUGAGGGAGACCCACUCAGAUCCUCUCCAGGCAAGAGAGGUGGCUUCAGCCUUAGAUUUCUGUAUCAGCUGUCGUUUACAAAUCACUGCUGCACAAUGCUGGCACAUAGUAGGUAUUCAAUAAAUACUUGUUGAUUGAAUGA